AUGGGUUGCGGACAAUCAAAACACGAUGUUGUUACGGGUAACACCACGACGGUCCGAAAACCUUUGGAAGCUGAAUCAGUGAAGGGCCAAGAGAACGAGACAAUUAAAAGACAAGAAAGCUGCCGGUGCAAGAAAACGAACGACAUCUCAGCUGUGGUUUCUUCAAACCAGCCAAAAACCACCGUGGAAAAUAAUACCAAUAAACUGGAGGAAAAGAAAGCUGGAGGAGAUUGUGGCGAGAAGCCGGAGGGAGAGACAAAUGAUGAACAGAAACAUGAGGAAAAGGAAGCAACCACUUUGCCGUUGGUGACAGCGACAGUGUCGGAAAAUAUUUUGACGGAGGAAACCGUUAACGACGUAAAUGAGAGCAUUUUGCCUGUGGAUGAACAAAAGGAAAAAGUUGAUAGUGAUACAAUUGUAGAAGAGGAAAAAAGUACGGAAGAUAAAACUUCUGGUAACGUUGACACUAAAAUUCUACUUCCCGAGGUUGAAGAACCAAAACUGGAUGUAGAAACUCCAAUAACAACGGAAUCAGAAGUUCAAGAAGUUUUGACCAAAGAGGAUGUAGAAAUUGCUACCUCGGAAAAUGUUGAAACCGAGUCCAAAGAAAACGAUGACACUUUUAUUUUGAAGGACGAAGAUGAAGUUAAUUUUGUAGAGAAUGUAGCCGCCUCGAAAACUGUCGAAAUUACAUCCACAGAAAACGACGACACUUUUGUUUUAAAGGACGAAGAUGAAGUCGAUCUUAUAGAGAAUGUAGAGACUCCCGCCUCAGAAAACGAAGACACUCUUGUUAUAAAUGAUGAAGCUGAUCUUGUAGAGACUGUCCAAAGUGUGUCCGCAGAAAACGACGACACUCUUGUUUUAAAGGACGAAGAUAAAGUUGAUCUUUUAGAGAAUGUAGAGACUCCGGCCUCAGAAACUGCAUCUACAGAAAACGAUGACACUUCUGUCUUAAAGGACGAAGAUGAAGUUGAUCUUGUCGAGAAUGUAGAGACUGCUGCCUCGGAAACUGUCGAAACUGAGCCCACAGAAAUCCAUGACACUCCUAUUUUAAAGGAUGAAGAUGAAGUUGAUCUUGUAGAGAAAGUAGUCGAACAUGUGUCUACAGAAAACGAUGACACUCUUUAUUUAAAGAAGGAAGAUAAAGUUGAUCUUCUAGCGAAUGUAGACACUUCCGCCUCAGAAACUGUCGAAACUGUGCCUACAGAAAAAGAUAACACUCAUGUUCUAAAGGAUGAAGUUGAUCUUGUAGAGAAUGUAGAGACUGUCAAAACUGCGUCCACAGAAGACGAUGACAUUCUUGUUUUAAAGGACGAAGAUAAAGUUGAUCAUAUAGAGAAUGUAGAGAUUACAGGCACACAAAAUGUCGACAUUGUGUCCACAGAAAACGAUAAAACUCAUGUUUUAGAGGAAGAAGAGAAAGUUGAUCUUGUAGAGGUAUGAAAGUUCAGCUAAUAUACAUUGUUUUAUAAUGGUAACUAGUUUGAUAUCAUUAUUACGAAGACCAUUUAAGAAAUCUCUUUCGAAAUUUGUCAUUUUUGGCGUUGUGUAGGGAAAUCCGACAAAGCAAGUUGAGGCGGCAUGAAGAAAGCGUGUAUAUAUAAUAUCAAGCAACUUUAAUCUGUGUUACAAAUACAAUAUGCACUACCGCACAGUCAAAUAUCUAUUGGUUAUUUAUUUCUUCUAUCUAAAAAAUAAAAAUUCAAAAAAAUUUAAUUUGGUUCAUUUAAACCUCAUUCUUUCCUACGUGUCAUAAGAAGAGAAAAAUCUCUACUUUAUUAUUUAAGAUAUAUACUAGGUAUGUUGUAUAGAUAUUUUUAUUUGUCCAAUUUUUAUUUCAAAAUUAUGUUGUAUAUAUAUAUUUUUAAUCGUAAUGUAUAUGUAAUUCAGGGUGGAACGGAAUGAUUAAUUGAUAAAAAAAGAAGGUAGGUAGCUGACUUAUUUUUUUGUGUGGAUGAAGUAUAUUUUUGUAUUGUUGUUUUUUUGUGUGGAUGAAGCUGUACGUGGAAUUGUGAAGCAUUUUUAUUGAUCCAUGAUGAUGAUAAUGUCUAUUAGGUUUAGUAGUAAAGAUAUAUUGUAAGGAAAUGGUGAAUUGUAUAUAACAGCCUUGGAAUUUGAAGUUUAAAUUUAAUUAGAAACUUAGCUUUAUUAUACUCUCACCGUAUCAUAUUAAGUAUCGUUUUAACUUUUUAAUUUUGUUUUAUUAUAAGUGUCGUUUUAUAUUUUUAAAACAAAUAUUAAAUGUUUUUUUCCAGUUUUUACCUUUACCUUUAAAUCAUUGAUUAAUAAAAUCAAACAAAAUAAUGUAUUAGAUAGGGGUAGAAGAGAAAAUUUAAUUAUUUUUUAAUUCUUAUGCAACAACUUUAAAAAAUACUUACAAGAGGGAGUAUUAUAUUUAUUUUAGGUUAUUAUUUGGUGGUUGUAUAUAUAUAUAUAUAUAAGAUUAUAUGUUCUUAGAUAAUUGUGGCAUAUAUGUUCUACUGUUUAGUUCAUAUUUAUUUUAGGGGUUUCGGUGCUUCAUGCUGAUUUUUACUAAUAUUGUUAUUUUAUUUUAGUCGAUGAUAUGAUGAGAUUUUAUAAAUCUAAAAUGACAUUGCAACCAUAGGUAGUUAUAAUGUAAAAAAUAUAUUGAGAUAAAUUUAAUUUUAAUAUUUCUCUUACAUCUAUUUUCCUUCAUUUCUUUUAAAUGUUUUUGUUUUUAGUUGGCAAGAAAAAAAUAUAUAUGUUAUUUUGAUUCAUAAUUUUUUUAAAGAACAGAUAACUACUCUUCAAAGUAAUUUCAUUCAUGUUCUUCAAAUGGGUUCAAUGUAUACUAUUAUUUGCGAAUUAAUUUUUGCAUUCGAACACUCAUGUUAAAACUUUGAUUGGUUAAUGUCAUUCUUAACCUUAACAAAUUUUAUUUAUAAUUUAUUAUAUGAUUUAAAACGAAUUUUUAUAUUAAUAAUUUUAUAUUUAUAUGUUAUAUUAGAUAAUUGAUUAUAACUUAAUAUAAUAAAAUUAUCUAAAUAAAAAAAUAUUAUUAAAAAGAUAAUUCUUAUAUAUAUUGUGUUGUUAUCUGAAAAUAGUAUUUUUGAAUGUAAAAUUUUAAAUUUAAAAAUUAAAAUUUAAAAUAAUCUAAAAUUAAAUAUUUAUCAACCAAAAAAAAUUUGUAUAAAGAUAUUUUCUAUUAUUCUUCCAAUAUGUGAGUGUUUGUAAAAUUUUAACACAAUAUAUUUAUUUUGAUGAAAAUUUUAGCAUAUGCAAAUAAUUUAAUAUUUGAUUUAAACUUUUUGAGAACCCAAAUAAUAAUUUCUCAUGUUGGCUUUUGAAUUAUUAAAACAUAAAUGCUUUGAAUGGUGACCAGAGAACGAAAGAAAACACUGAAUUCCUUAUCAUUCUCAAAAAAAAUCACCAUUCACAAGGAAUAGUUUUUCCUUCUUGUUCCUCCCCAUUCUUUUUUUCGUAGAGAAAUAUAGAACAAAAACAUUUCUUGUUAAAUUUGACAAGGAACAAACAUUCCUUUUCAUUCCUGCAAUUUUAUUCCUAUAUGUUCAUUUUCUAUUCGUUCUUCGUGUUCCCGAAAAGGUUACCAGUCGGAGCCAAAGUAAUAAAUAUUCAUAAACCGUAUUUCUGUAACCCCCAACCGUUAAUGGAUGCAUUGCCUAAUUUACCGAGAGUGCGUAUCAUUGGACUGGCUAAGCAACAAGCUCACCCGUCUAAACUGCAGUCAUCACAAUGUCUCCGACUAAAAGUAGAAGGCAAUGAGACACUGCCGUCUCAGCUGCUUUCCUCCAUUGCUCACACUAAUCCUUCACUUUUGUUAGGUUAGCUUCCGUGUCUUUUGUGUUUGUAGUUUCUACUUUCUUCUCAAUUUCACUUCUCAGACUCUGAGACUCUAUCUAUUCAUCAAACUCACUCACUUCUAUUAAAUCUGUAUUAAGCUUCUUUAAAUUGCCCACAUUUUCAUUUUCUUGUGUCUUAUCUAUCCAUUACCCCUUUGUGCAAAAUCUAUGCUUCAACUUUCCUCAUCUUAGUAGCUUGUUUCUGCUACUCCAACCGCAGAAUUCAAUUGGCUUAUCUCUUUCCUCGCAAGAAUUCAUACGUUCUUUCCAGAGUUUCCAUUUCCACUGCUGAUAAUAAGUCCUUUAUGUUUGCUCUUUCUUCCUCGAGCUAUCUAACACCUUUCUCUAAGUAUUUAGAUUUUUGUAUCUCAGAGUCAGUCUCAAAAAUCAUAACUUUCUUAUGUAUAUAUAGAACCAAAAUUUUAGAGAUUUUAGCCACACUACAACGUGAUCGUGUGUAGAAGCUAUCUUCAACCUCUACCAAGUUCUCUGUCCAAGAGAAACUAAAAAGGUAAGAUAUUUCAAAACUUUAAGUUGAAAACUUAGCCAGCAUGUGUGUUAGUUAUUAUUUUAGCUUAUGGUGGUUUUACUUGUUUGGUUGGUUAGAUCUUGUGAAAAAAUUGAUAU